AUUUUAUCAAAGUUAACAUUUUAAGUAAAUUCAAAAUAAUAAAAAAUAAAUGUUUAAAAAUGUUUAAAGCUAAAUAAAGAUUAAAAAAUGACAAGUUUGGCUGCUGGAUUGUUAGAAAGCUGUGAAAAGGUUAUUUGCGAUCAAUUAAAAUUUUUAAAUGAAUAUGAAAAGUUAUGUGAAGAUGCAUUAAAAACAAUUAGAAAGCUUCAUGAUGCAAGUAAGGUUGUGUGGUCUUCACAAAGCCCAAAUAUACUUUUGCUAAAACAAAUUUUGUCAGAAAUUAUUAAAGGUUCUGAAUCAGUCUCGCUAACUACUGAUUCUUUGGCACAAGGAAGCAAAAGUCUUGACAAAUGUACAGAAAGUUCCCAAGAGAUUCCUAUCAAUGGAAAGAAGUUAUCAGAUUUGGAAAACAAAACUCUUAACAAGGAUACAGAAAGUCCUCAAGAGAUUUCCAUCAAUGCAAAAAAAUUGUUAGAUUUGGAAAACAAUAUUCUUAACAAGGUUACUGGGUGUCCUCAAGAGGUUUCCAUCAAUGAUUUAUCUGAUUUAGAAAAGUUCUCACAUCAAAUGCAGUGUAUUUCUGGUCCAAAAAUUGGUGUGCGAUAUCAAAUAGAAGUUACUAGUCCUUUAGGAUUAGAUGGCUCAUAUUGGGUGCGCAACAAAGAAAAUGAAUUCUUACAAAAUAAGCUUCAACCUUUGUCGGAAUUUUUGAGAAAAACAACUAUGGAAGAUAAAAGUCUUUGGAAAGUUCAAGAUGACUCAAAGGUUUUAUGUGUUAAAUCAUCAGAGACUCAGUUGUGGAUGCGAGUUCUUGUUGAAAGGCGCAAUAGUCAAAAUGAGGUACGUGUUCGGUAUAUUGAUUAUGGCACAACUGAAGACUGUCAAGAAAAUCGGUUGUGUACUGUUCCUGAAGUCCUUGCAAGAAUACCUUACAUGGCAUUUCAUUGUACAUUUUUUGAAAAGGCAGUGAAUCUGGGAUACGAUGCAAAAUGGAAGUUUAGUGAUCUGACCAAUAAACAAAUUUUGAAUUUCACAUGCGAGAAGAGAGUUUUACGUAACAAUAAAGUCUUUUUUUUGGGAAAGUUAGAGACUGCUUCCUUUGAAAAUGUGCCAUCUGUAAAUAUUUCAUCUUUAAUGACAGAUUUUUACGCUGAUAAUGAAGAGUUAGUUGCAAUAAAAAAUCCGGCUAUACACUCACGAGACAUUCGCACUCAAGAUCCCAAUAGCAAUAUUACGGUAGUAACUGAAUUUAUUAAGAAAAAGGAUGAAAAUAUUUGCGGAAAUACUGUUACUCAAGAUGUAACACAGAAUUUAUUAGUAAACUCUGAUUCGAAAAACAAAAAAAAUAUUUCUCCUAUUGUAAUUCAUAAUGCUGAUUUAACUACUGAGGUGUCUUGCAAAAAAGUGAAUUGGGGUGAUUGUGACACCCCCUGUGCUGACGAUUUUGAGGUUGCCUUUGAACCAUUAGAUGAAAAGGUAUUUGAAGAUGUAACUAAAAUCACAAGCCCACAGACUAUUGAAGUUGAGCUCAAUAUAAUUAACAAUGAUUUAGCUAAAAAAAAUGAUUCUAUUAAUCUAAUUAUUACAAAUGAAUGUCAAACCAUGGUUUCACCAAACUUAAAUAAAUGCCAGACUUUGGUUUCACCAAACUUAAAUGAAUGCCAGACCAUGGUUUCACCAGACUUGAAUGAAUGUCAGACCUUGGUUUCACCAAACUUAAAUGAAUGCCAAAAUAUGAUUAUACCAAACUUAAAUGAACCUUCAAUUCCAACAACUGAAAAUCAAAAAUCAGCUGACUCAAACACUUUGAAUUCAACUUCAGUAAUCCCACAUCAUUCACAAACAGAGAGUACCCAAAAUUUAAAUGUAGAAUCAUAUCAAGUAACAAUUGAUCUACCUGAAAAUAUUUCAAAAGAUAUAAAAAAAACUAAUUUUUCUAACAACGAAGAAACAAAAACAGAUAACAAAAACAAUGAAAGCAGAAAUAGUGAACCAAUGAAAUUCAAUAAGGAAGUGUUCACCAGCUCAUUUGACGGUAACAGUUUAACUCAAAGUAGUUUAAAAUCAGAAAUUGUUCAACCACAACUAAUCAAUCCAGUUGAUAAUCACUUUAAAAAAAAAAUUGUUCAAGCACAGCCAAUUUUUCGCCCAUUCGAGUAUAGUUUAAUACCAAGAGACAAUUUUGAUAUAAUAAAUUUUCAUGAAUACUUGGCUGAAAGUCAAUCUGUGUGGGUUGCACGAGAGCUAUGUAAUUUGACACAUCGGUAUUUAGAAAAUAUUUCAUCUAAGUUUUUCCUUAAAGUAUGUCCUCCAUUUAAAAAUGAAAUGUAUGAUGAAUUAAAAUUAAUUUAUGAAGAUAAAUGUUUAUACUUAAAGGAUCAUGAAGCAGAUGCCAUUAAAUAUAAUCAAACACGAAAUAUUCCAAUAUUUGUUGUCUUGAAAAAAAAAUUUAAUCAGGAGACCGAAAGAGAUUCAGUCAGUUUAGGUAUAUGUCAGGUGUUGGGUCCUGUUUUACCUGUAUAUGGAAAAAAAUAUCGAUUUAAGUGUUCAUCACAGUUUAUUAGCACAGCAACUAUUGAAUGGAAAUGGUGUUUUGUUCAAAAAACUUGUGAAAUUGAAAAACAAAGUAUGAGAAACUACUUAAAGACUUUAAUAAAGAACUUGCAAUGUGGUAAAUGCUGUGAUACUUUUAAAGAGUUAACGCAGUUGCAGAACAAAGUUGGAAAACCAUCUACUGAUAUCAACAAAGCGCAAGCAGAAAUCACAGACCGUGAUGAAGACUGGGAUUUAGAUAUAAAUCCACAUGUCAUCUCACAGUCACAAAAUUUUGGUUCAGAUGAUGAAUGCGAGCGUGAUAUUAACGCAGAUUAUGAAACAUUUGGAGUGACUCAAAAAGAUUUAAACUUACUGAAUCCAAUUUAGUUUAAUUAAGGUCAGUUCAUUACAUGUGAACUAAGUAUGAACUUGAUCACAUGCAUGCAACAUGCAUGCAACAUGCAUGCGUUAUAUUUUUCAGACCUAGAAUUAUAAAUCUGGAUCUGGAUAAAAGUAUAUUAUUAAUGAUUUUUACUAUUAAGUAUUUUUGAUUUUAUAUUGUUGCUGUGAUAAAUAUGCUGAUAAAUCUGAUUUAUAGAAGAUUGUUUUUAUAUUGUCUUUUCAAUAGUUUUUAUCAGUGUAUUUUAAACAGUGUAUUUGAAUUUAGUAUGUACAUUUUAAUUGAUGUAUUUUGAUAAUGCCUAAGCAUUUUUUUGUUGUAUAGUAUAUUUCUUUAUUUGUCAUUUUUAUUUAACAAUUUACUGAGAUUGAAUUUUAUGAAUAAAUAAAAUUUUAAAUUGUAUUUAUAAAAUAUUUGUUUUUUUGUUUUUUUUGUUAUACAAUGUACAUUAUCUUUAUCAAGGGGUUUGCUUUAA